CAGCAUCCUUAUGACCAUUCAUCAAUGCUAUUGAAAUUAUCUGAUGAUCACUUUGUACAGAGAAAAAAAUCGAUGAAACUGAAAGUACAGCUUGAACAAGUUCAAAACGAACUAAACGAGAUUAAACGAAGGCUUAGAGAAGAAGAGAACGAAUCGCAACUUGCAAGUGAUUCUGCUGCGACAACACCAGUACAUUUUGUGCAUCGCAGUGAUUACGAAGAACUGUUAAAAAAGCAAGAGGAGAUGCAAACCAAACUAGCGCGGCUCGAGGAAGAAUAUUCUCAUUAUAAGUUGUCUUGUGAAAAACUCGAGGAGGAAAAAGAUGAGCAGAUACAAGAGACAACCAAAAACCUCGAAAAACAAAACCAAGUGCUACAUACUGAGCUUGACCAUCUCAAAAAGGAAUUUUCUGAUAGAAAGGACUCAUAUGAAAAGCUCCACCAAGAAAAAGAAGUGCUACAAACUGAGCUUGACCAUCUCAAAAAGGAAUUUUCUGAUAGAAAGGACUCAUAUGAAAAGCUCCACCAAGAAAAAGAAUUCGAAGAAGCCAAAAAUAAACAGAUGUUGCUAGAAAAUCAAACCCUUGAAAAUAGCUUUAAAAUAGCUCGUCGUGCAGCAAAUAUAAUGGUAUCAAACAUCAAAGAAGAAUUAGCAACACCUGAUCUUUACUCUAUAAAAAUGUUUCGGAUACAGCGCAUAAUAGAGUAUUAUGAAAAUUCUGAGUAUGACCGUAAGUAA